UGUGAGUCAUACAUAUAUCACAGCCUCGCCGCCCUGUCCCUCACGUCCCCGAACCUGAACCCUGCCCUCUCACACACACACACACACACACACCUGUCGGCCCGCCCAUCAAUCACACACACUCACUCACUCCGUUCCUGUCCUAUAUCGCCCAGCCACCCCUAACCUCGCCCCGUCAAACCAACACUCCUGCCCCGUCUCAGCCCGUCCCGCCCCGUCACAGCCCCGUCAAGCACGGGACGGCGCGGCGGUGACUUCCCGUAACCUACACCAUGCAUCACUCUGACGGAAAGGGCGUUAUGGGCGCGGAGUUGGUCGGCGGCGCGCAAGAGGUCGACGGGGUUCACCAAGCCGUGUACCGCGUGGUGUUGCCGCUGCUCGUGUUCUUGGGGCUCGCCGCUAACGCCCUCUGCCUCUUGGUACUGACGCGACCCAACCUGCGCUCCACGAGGGUCAACUGGUACUUCAUCGCGCUGGCCUCGUCCGACCUGCUCGUCUGCAUCUUCCACAUCCCCGUCAUCACCACCAUCACAGGCUGCACCUUCUCCUCCUACGCCGAGGCCCUGUACUUCACGCACUUCGGCUGGACGCUGGUCGGGGUGUGCCAAACCUUCGGCCUCUACGUCAUCGUCUGGCUCUCCUUUGACCGCUUCGUCGCCGUCUGGAUGUACGAGGUCUACCCAAAGAUACAACAGCAGCCUAAUGUCAAGAGGAACAGGCUGCUGGUGACGGCCGUGGCUUGUGUUAUCUUCCACCUCGUGUAUAUGGUGCAGGCGGAGGUGCGCUGCGAUAGUCCGGUUGACGGGGAUGAGGCGUGCGAGUAUGGCCACUGGGCCGUCGUCAGCGGCUACCAGUACAUGUUCUACAGCACGUGGCACAAGGUGUACAGCGUCUUCUACGGUCUGCUCAUCAGGUGGGUGCCGAACUGCCUCCUCAUCUUCUUCAACACGAGCCUGGUGGUGGGCGUGAUGCAGGGCCGCGUCAACCUCCCCGCCGGCAGCCAGACGCCGGGCGGCAGCGGGGAGCGCAACCUCAUCAUCAUCACCAUCGCCAUCACCAUCUCCUACGCCCUCUUCACCCUCCCCAUCAUGAUCUACAUCACGGGCUACGCCGGGCCUGAGCCGGACCGCUGCUCCGCCUACCACCCCAAGGAGGUGCUGCGGGCGGUGGGCAACUCCCUGCAGCUGUUUGAACACGUCAUCCACAUCGCCUUCUACAUCGGGCUCAACAGACCCUUCAGGAAUGAGCUCAAGUACCUGCUGAGGCUUGAGGAGAGGCCGGAGGAAGGCCUGGGCAGCGGGAGGAGCCAAGAAUCACUACGGGCUGAUGAGGAGUGCUUGGAAAGGGGGCAGAGGAAAGGGAACAGCCUGGAGCUGCCGCGUGCCUCCCCGAGCCUUCCAUCCAGCACGCAGAGCAGGCAAACCCUCACACAGGACCUGGGCACCAGCAGGGACGAUCUGGGUGCCAGCAGGGACAACAAUGGUGCGUUCUGAGGCAACACCUGCAUCCGAUGAUCUGUAAAACCACCUUAUUCCUAUUUGUACCGCUGCUGAAUGCUCAGUGCGGAACCAAGUGACCGCUGACUGACCUGCAAUGUGUCUUGGGAUGCAGUGCAGGAUUACAAGCCAAAGAGGGACUCAGUGAUGGGACAGUCUUGGGACACGUGGCAGCACACAAUGCACACUUCUGCCCGUCAGUGCCCAGCGCACCACUACACAGCUCCUUGUGUUAGGCUGGCAAAACCUUGUGAUUCUCAUAGUGCCUUGUGCUGCUGCCACAAAGUCCAGUGCUCUUGAAACACACCCAGCAUGUAGACACGUGAACUUGAUAAACAGCAGCAGAGGAACACGCUUCACAUUACUGAAUGAUGGUCAGUAUGUUCACCUCACAGCCGAGAGAUCCCGGGUUCAAUUCCCGGGUAUAGUGGAGACGGAUGGGCAGUCUCCAGUUAUCCGUGCCCCAUGUCCACCCGGUAGUGAGUGGGUGCCGGGUGUCAGUCAGGUUGUGCCCCGCCUCCCAGGUGUGUGUGGAUGAGCUGUGAGGUUCCAGCCAUACCCAAAGAUGUUUCUGAGUUACAAGUUCAUUCAGUGAAGCGACUGGCUGCUGAUCACCAGUCUACUGCAUGAUCAGGCCAUGGUGAAUGACAGUGAUCAGUCACACACCUGUGAGUCAAGCCUAACAGAGUCUUUCCAAAGCUCAGCACCACGCUGCACAAUAUAGGUUAAGUGAAAUAUAUUUUUUAUAAAGAAAAUCUAUUGAAAUGUAAAUAAUUUAUGAAAAAAAAAUAUUUGAUCCGACCUUGAUCUGUAAUGCUUCCAUGAUUCCUUAGAAUGUGCCAAAUAAUAAAUAUUAAUGAGUUCCUGUUAAGCCACAAGACCUUCAAGUCUUUCCUUUGCCUUCUCAACACUGCUAGAGUUUGACCGUUGGUGUUUGUGCUCUGUUGUGUGACAGCGCCACACACGAGGUUGUUUCUUUGUCUGAUCCAAACAGCAGAAUGAAAAUACACAUGCAAACAAAGUUUCUGCAUAUAAGAAUUAAUAACCACGACUGAGCUCUUUUUCCACACAAGGAAGGUCAGACUUGAUGAGGCCAUGUUUAAAAUUGAAACCCUUACACUUGAAACCUCUAAUACUGUCAGAGUUUCUUGAGGGAGCUGCACUUUUGCACCAUGAAUGGGAGAAACACUCUUGAGAACCAGACUAAUCUCCUUUGUGGCCUUGGGAAAUACUUGCUGUAAGAAUUGAAAGCAUCUGAGAAUACAAGACUUGGUGACUGCACUCCACUGUAACACUCCACCUCACACACGGUGAACCCUCUGCAGAUGCUCCUCCACGUGCUUGCCAUGGGGUUGCCUCGAAAAGCCCCAUUGUAAAAAUAUCGCAUGUCACAUUCACGCCUACCGGACAUCAUCGGACAGCCUACAUACCAUGCCUUAAAUGUGCUGCGAUCACUUACCAUAUGCAGCCUAAAGAUGGGAAAAAUCACCCAUCACAGAGCCUUUCUCAAAACAAAAUAUUUAAAAAACAUAUCAAAAUUUGCAGUACAGGAGACCCUCUAUUGGACGCCAGAUAUCUACCCAAGAAAGUCAAGCAAAACGGAGGUGUUAUUUCAAUGAGAUUUAUCAAUUUGAGACUGGUGGGAGAUAUUCUUUGUGUGUGUGUGUGUGUGUGUGUGUGUGUGUGUGUGUGUGUGGGAAGGAGUCAGCUCAAGGGUGUGUUUCAAAGAAGUAUUUACAAUAAGCGUGCUAAUUAGAGGGUCUGCUACUGCACAGAUUCCACAAAAUUUUAACAUAAUCGCACCGUCGCAGAGUCAAAAAAACGUGCAUGUCGGAACAGCGUAAGUCGAGAAGCAUCUGUGUUUAGUGAACCUCAAUUUGACAAGAUUCAGAAUUUGUCAAACCAUACUAUAUAACCUAGUGAACAUUUAUUAUAUAUAUAUCAACUAUUUUUGGUCUUAUUUUCAAACACAUUUAAUCUUCAUAGAACAAUACUUUUCUUAAACGAUUGACAGUUCUCAUUUGACGAAACAAUACGAAAUACUUAAACGAUAUCUUACUCUCUUCUUAUUUAACACAUUGCCUUGUAGCCCUUCACAGCUUCAGGCACAAGGAACUUUAGUAAAUUAUAAUGACUUGUAGAGGUAAAGGUUUUUCUCACAAUAGGUUCAAGAGGCUUUACAGUGACACCAACAAUUACUAAAGUGCUCCUGUAAAAGUCUAUCUCCUUAAGGCUGUGACGCACUCCACUUAGUAAAUUUGACCUCAUAAAAAGUAUCAUCAUUGCUAAAGUUGACCCCUUCCAAGACCCAACCCUUCAAGGACUCACCCCUUCCAAGACCCAACCCUUCAAGGACUCACCCCUUCCAAGACCCAACCCUUCAAGGACUCACCCCUUCCAAGACCCAACCCUUCAAGGACUCACCCCUUCCAAGACCCAACCCUUCAAGGACUCACCCCUU